AUGACUGGGCCUCGGGCUGUGGACAUGUGUGCCAAUGCGGGCUAUCUGGACGGAAUGAAAUCCAUUCGCACAUUCAACCGCUCGUGCGCUGACCGGAAUCUGCGCAAGAUUCGGGAGAUGAGCUGGCGCCGAUGGUACCCCACCCCCACACUCCUUCCGGACGGCAGGGUGCUCAUCAUGGGCGGAACGCAGGGUGUGGGGGCCGGUACGGCAAACAACCCGUUUUGGGAAAUGUACGACCCGGCUACAAGCAAUGUGACGCCGUACGCCAUGCGUCCUCUGUACUUGGACCAGGCUACGCAGAUCUACUACCCCUUCAAUUAUGUGCUUCCCGAGGGUUUCCUAUUUUCGUUUUGCGGCCGCUCCGGCUGGAUUAUGGAUUGGCGGAGUAACAACUGGCGUCAGGAAGUGCCCAAGCUGAGAGGGUACGGCAAUUUGCAAUUCCCAUUCACGGGGACUUCCGCGAUGCUGGGGCUGUAUCCCGAGAAUAACUACCAGGUGGAAAUUAUGUUGUUCGGCGGUGCGAACGAGAGAGCCGUCAGUAAUUUGAGCAUGCUUGCCAAUCGGGGAGCCAACCGCUUGGCGUUGACGUUCAACAAAGCGACAGGCAACUACACGUUUAAUGGCUGGGUGAAUGAGAGCAUGACGAUUGGCCGUGUGAUGCCGGACUCCGUAUUGCUGCCGAACGGCAGGGUCAUUAUUCUGAACGGCGCAUGGACCGGAUUGGCGGGCGAUUCCGCUAGCGGUGGUGAUAGUCGCGCCAACUACCCCCUUCUCUUCGCGGAGGAGUACAACCCGAAUGCGCCGCUGGGCAGCCGCUUCCGGAGGAUGGCUACAACUCUGAUUGCCCGAAUGUACCACUCAACCGCCGGAUUAACCACCAAUGGUACCGUUAUCGUGGCCGGCUGCGACCGCUGCUACAGAUACGAUGUGCAAUCGGGUUACGAUUUCCAACCAUCGGCCACGAAGGCCGACUACCGCGUCGAGAUCUACUCACCGCCGUACUUCUUCAUGGACGAACUAAAGCCCCUGAUCGUCAACACCUCCAGCACCAGCAUGGCGUACCAGGGUCUCUUCACCAUCACUUACACCUUCCCGGCGGGCUGGGGAAACAACGCGCUCACGCGUGUCGUACUCGUGGCGCCCAGCAGUACGACACACUCGUACAACACGCACCAACGGCUGCUGGGUUUGGAAAUUGUGAGCAAUUCAGUUGGAGAUGUCAACGGUGUCGCCAUCGUCCGCGGCCCACCCAACAUCAACAUCGCGCCGCCGGGCAUGUACAUGCUCUUCCUGCUCAACGGCGACGUGUACUCCAGGGCUGUGUGGGUGACACUCAUACGACCGCGACCGGGGGAGCCAGGCUACAUGACCUAA